AUGUUUCAAGUUCCAACUGCAGUCGAGGAUGAAUUUGAAUUGCCUUAUGGGAUGCAUACCGUUUUAUUUUUUCGUGGUCGCAAAACAGAAAAAGAGAAGUUUGCUGGAGGUGAAUUCACUACUACGGUUGAGGCGUUUAUUGCCGUUAAUGGCCGUGCCAUUCAAGGCGCCACUUCACACCAUCUUGGUGACAAUUUCGCCAGAAUGUUCGAUGUGACGUUCUUGGACAGGGAUACUCAGCAACCGCGUUUGGUUCAACAAAACUCUUGGGGGAUUACCACUCGGACUUUGGGCGUCAUGGUAAUGGUGCACGGGGAUGAU